AUGGAAAAAUUGAAUUUUAUUAUUAUUUUAUAUACAUUUUUAUUAUGCAAUUUAAAUGCAAAUCGUUUUCCCGUUAAUUUGGGAGGUUUAUUUACAGUUAAUCAAUUAUCAUUUUAUAAUCAAUAUUGGACAUCGAUUAAAAUGGCACUUAACCAUAUUAAUUCAGCAGUCGUUACACGAAAUAUUACGUUGAUUCUUAAUGAAACCGAAGGAAUGACUCAAUGUGAUAUUGGUUAUGCUGUUAAAACGUUCUUUGAAAUGUUGAGUAAACCACCAAAACGCGUAGUAUUGUUAACGAAUGCUUGCCAAACUGUUAUUGGCCAAAUAACAGAAACAGCUACUUAUCUUCAAUUACCAAUAGUGAGUACCAUCUUUUCAUUUACUGAGACAGAUCCUUCGUUGGCCGCACGAGAGAAAUAUGGCGGUUUUUUUCGAAUAGUACCAUCAGAUUUAAUGCAUAAUAAUGUACGACGAGAAAUAUUACAACGAUAUAAUUGGACACGUUUUGGUUUAAUCUAUCAAACUGGAUCUCAAUUUACACUGGCAGCAAAUGAUUUUUUGUCCAAAUUAUUUGUCCAAGAUAAAAAGUAUGAUCUACAUAAAUGGGAAGUUAAUUUAACACGGAGUAUUUCUUAUCGAAUGAGCAAAAAUACGUACGAAGAAAAUAGUAAAAGUAUUGAAAAUAUACUGAAUGAUUUUAAAGCACGAGAUGUACGAAUAGUUAUUGGUAAUUUUAACCAAAAAGUUGCCGAACAUGUAUUCUGUCAAGUAUGUAUUCAUCUGGUUUUUAUUGAUAUUGAUUAAAUCAAGAUUUAACUUUCACUCACUUUAAAUUUAAUAUGACAGUAAGGGGACACCUCCUAUAUCCCGAUCAGGAUAUAGAAAAAAAGUAGUAUCCCGAUCGGGAUAUAAAACACGAAAUUUCGUCGUAAAAACGAUUAAGGGGAAAAUGACGACGUUUUGGGGUAAAAUUGACUUCACCAUUAG